AUGAUUCCGAUGUUUAAUACUAUUGAAAAUUCAGAAAAGCUCUCAAAUUUAUCUAUUGCAGGUAGUAUCUUGUCUAUUUUAGCUGCUACUCUUCAAUUAUUUGCAGAGAUGCAAAUGAUCAACUUCAGAAAGGAUAGAAAUGGAAAAACAGUUAUUGAUAUUGGUCUUUGGAAGCACUCUCGUCAUCCAAACUAUUUAGGAGAGAUUCUUUUUUGGACUGGCGUUUGGCUUGUUGAUUUUAUUUCUAAUCCUCAAUACAAGAUUGGAAUUGUUGGUCCAUUAACAAUGAUAUUCUUAUUUAAUGUCAUUUCUAUUCCUCUGAUGGAAGGAAGAAUGAAGAAUCGCCCUGGAUAUAAGAAAUAUCAGCAAAAAGUUUCAAGACUUCUAUUAAUGCCUUAA